AUGAGGUUCAGUGCAAGAAACAAUACAAGAUGGAGUAAAAUUGCGAGAGAAGUUUCUCGAAGUGUGGAGUUUAUUGUAGACAACAAGAGCAUUAUGCAUGACAGGGCUCGCAAAGUGUGGAUGAACUUCGUGCUGCCCACUAGAGAAGAAGCAGAUGAAUUGGUUGUUUUCGCUCUUGGGAUAGUUGUUGGGUUGUUGUACACUCAUCGAUUGAAGUAUUUCUGCAAACGUACCAAGAACCAUGGAACUGGGCCUAGAGACCGUGUUCUUCAUCUCACGUAUCUCGGAUUGUGCAAGCAAAUCGAUCCCAGUGGCGGUUUCGAUCGUUGA